CUUUUAGGAAGAAGAGCCCAUCUGGGAGAUACUGAUGAUGCUUUUUAUUGAGGGUGUUCCUACAUCUGUGCAGCCUCCAUCUAUCCCUCCCUCUCCUCCCCUACUCUCUCGCCCCUCCCUGUUCUCUGUAAAAGGGAACAAACUGCCGCCGUGCCGCUGUCCCGCCUCCAGCUCUUCUUGUCCCGUCCAUGAAGCUGCAGCAGCAGCAGCAGCAGCAGCAGCAGAGCUCUCCUCCCUCCACCGACCUGCUGCUGUGUGCGCCUUUUCUUUUCUUUUUUUUAAACCAGAAUAUGAAAACUAAACCACCCGGAUAAAAAGUUAUUUUCAUGGAAAGAAAAGCUCCAAAUACAGGACCAUGGGGUAUGGGCAAAUCCUCCACCGGAGGGGAAAUGAGGAGGAUCAGGUCCACCUCAACGUGGGAGGGGUACGAUAUGAAGUGGAUCCGGACACGCUGCUCCGCUUCCCUCACACACGCCUGGCUCGUCUGCUGCACUGCCAAAGCGAGGCGGCGAUCCUGGAACUGUGUGAUGACUACAGCCCAUCUGAGAAGGAGUACUACUUUGACAGGAAUCCCCGGGUUUUCCUCUGCGUGCUCAACUUCUACCACACGGGACGUAUACACAUGAUGGAGGAGCUAUGCGUCUUCUCCUUCAGCCAGGAGAUCGAGUACUGGGGCAUCCAGGAGCUCCAUCUGAGCUCCUGCUGUAACAACUGGUACCACGAGAGGAAGGAAUACAUCGAGGACAGAGACUGGGACAUCAGGAGCGACGACCAGCAACAGCCAAGCUUCGACUCUUCCUUUGAGGAGCUCUCUGCUCUCGAUAAAGACUUGGCCAAGUUCAAAGGUGCCUGGUGUGCAGAACUGAGGAGCUACAUUUGGCUCAGGCUGGAGGAUCCAGGUCAUUCGACAGGCUCAAAGAUCAUAGCUGUGGCCUCCCUCAGCUUGGUGUUGACCUCUAUCGUUGCCAUGUGUGUCCACAGCAUGCCUGAGUUUCAGCUUGUGGAUGACAAUGACAGACCCAUCGAGGACCCUGUCCUCGCCAUCCUGGAGGAGAUCUGCAUUGCCUGCUUCUCCGCCGAGUUCAUCAUCAGGCUCAUUGUUGCGCCCUCUCGCAGGAAGUUCCUCGGAAACCCCUUAAACAUCAUCGAUGUUGCCUCCAUUUUGCCAUUUUACGCCACUUUAGCUCUGGAAACAGCAGACGAGGAGAGUGCAGAGGAGAAUGAGAACUUAGAAAACGUGGGCAAGGUGGUGCAGGUUCUGCGCCUCAUGAGGGUUUUCCGAAUCCUCAAACUGGCUCGACACUCCAUCGGGCUACGAGCGCUGGGUGCCACCGUCCGCCACAGCUACCAAGAGGUGGGUCUGCUGCUUCUCUUCCUCUCGGUGGGGAUCUCCAUCUUUUCAGCCCUCAUCUACUUUGCAGAGAAGGAAGGAGAGUCCACAGAUUUGGAGACCAUCCCUACAGGAUGGUGGUGGGCAACCAUCACCAUGACCACAGUCGGUUAUGGUGACAUCUGCCCGGUGACGGUGCCGGGGAAGAUAGUGGCCACCUUGUGCAUCAUCUGUGGACUGUUAGUGGUGGCGUUGCCCAUCACCAUCAUCUUCAAUAAGUUUUCAAAGUACUAUCAAAGAAACAAAGCCAUGGAGGGACAGUGUAUCACUAAGCCUGAAAGACAAGACCCAGAACUCCCUUAUUAUAACAUCAGAGACCUUUUCACUGACAGUGUCUAUCCCUUCUUAGGAGCUUUUGCCUUCAGGACAAGUGUGAGCAGUGUAGGGGAUGAUACAGAUGCCUCCAGUCUCCAGGACAUAGAGGUGUAUGAUAAUGACACUUGUGAAAAUGGGGCUGCAAAAUGACCGUCCAUGCCAUUUCACUUAGUGUCGCUCCCUUUAUGACUGCAAGUCCCUCCAUGCCUCUCAGGGCAAAGCACUCUAUCACUGACCCUGCUGUCCCUGCACUGUCUUCCUCCUGCAAUUUGACAGAGAAAUAUCAUGGCCAUGAACUCCUUCUUCUUUUUUUUUUUCUACAAGGGAAUGGCUUGUGAAAUAUACAACGUCACUAAAACCAGGAAAUCUAAAGGGAAUUAUCUGAACCUUUGCUCAGAGGUUUGAAAGCCCAUUUUCUGCUUGAGAAAACUGCAAUGAUGCAUGUAGGAGGCCAUAAUGUUAAUGUUUUUCAGAGUAAUGUCCUGUAUUGAUUCGUCUGCUCACUGAAAGUUCAGACUGAGAAUUCGGUGGAUACUAAAGUCUAGAAUGACAACAACAAACAGAGAUGUUUGAUGUUUAAAAAUGGUAUUAUAGAUCAAUAAGUUGACUGAUGUUACAGUCUGCAUGAACAAAACAAUGAAUGCAUUUCUGAAAGAGAGUAUUAUAAAUAGUUGUGUAGAGUUAUGCAAUAUUAUUGAUGCUGAAGAAGAGAGGCCACACAACGCUCUCGAAGCACCGUGCAAAGCACUAGAGGUUAGUGUUAUUACUUUUUUCCAUUUCGGACAGUUGUUUUUGGCAUGCUGGGUGGCUCCUAUGGGGUAACUCAUGUGGACAUGAAAUAAAACUUAGUGAAUCAGAAGAAAUAUGCCUCUCAUUUGUGACAUGGCAUACAACAUCUCAGGUUCAUGGCAUUCAUUUAUGGUCCAAAAUGCUGCAACACCUCUUACAAAUGACUCUUAAAUCUAAACAGAAAUAAUCCACAAUGUUGUUUCUAUAAAGGUGAAAUGCACUGACACUGUAGCGGGAACUUUCUUUACCUAUUCCCUCCUUUCCCUCUUGAAAAUAUUGAUUUCCCAUCCCCUCUUAUAAUCCUCAGUUGGAUGAGCCGCUGUCCUACUAGAGUGAGAAAUAUAAAAGAUUUUUCCACUACAGGGGUCUCAAAGGCGAUGAUCAGAAGCUUUUACUCUCAGAGCUAAACACAUCUUUGACUGGGUUUAAAGUGCAGAUGGUGUUUUUAUCUAUUGGCUGAAUUUCAUGGUGGUUGAGUGAAUGAAACCUGUUAAAAUUCUAAAGUAAAUGGGUGUCAGUUUAGAGUUGAUGGAAACAGUUUUUAUUUUAUUGUUAAAGAAGAGUUAAAUCUGGGGCAACUGAACUUGGUUGUAGAUCCGUGAAGAUGUUUCACCUCUCAUCCAAUCAGAUCAUCAGCGGCAUGACACCUGGUAACAGCACCUACCUCUCAAUUAAAGCAGCAACACUGUUAAUUAUGCAUAAUUUUAAGUCUUAAUAUAAUUUAAACUAGCGAGAUAAAUAGAAAUUCGGGCUCAGUACAGUUGUCAUGAACGGUAAUAUUAUCGAUACAGACCAAAACUGUGUUUUGUA